CUUUAGUCACUUUAGUGUUGUCGAUGUUUGCCUGGAAGCAUACUUGUUUAUUUUUCUACUGUUGUGAACUACAUUAUUAUUAAUAUUAUGAUUGUCGGAACAACGUGAUUGAAAAGUGUUGGCGCAUUUGAGUUCUUAUCGUAUAUUUAAUUAGGUUUGCUGUUAUUUCACAGUUAAAGUUUGUUUAUAGUAGUGCGCACUCAAUGUGAUUUUUUUUGCGUUGAUUAAGUACAUUUGCGUUUGUUCUCGCCUACCUGUUGGAGACGUCUAAAUCAAUAUUGGGGACAUUUUCUAAGUAAUUUUUAAAAAUAGAUAAACCAAUUUCGUUUCAAAAGGUGUUCAUAAGUAUUUUAAGACUUGUCGGGUUCGAUAAAUUAUUAGUGGUUUGGAAGUGUUUUCAGUUGUUAUUUUUGUUUCAACUACAACAUUAGACUGUUGGAUGUUGAAUUUGAACUGCCACAUUUCUUAAACAUUUAAAUGUUCAAUUUUAGUGAAGUAAGUAGCUGGUUGUGCUGUGAUUUCGUGUGAUUUUAUUUGGGAUUUGCGAAUCUAAACUCAACUUUAACAUGUAUGGAUAUUUGGAGACAUGGUUCAAAGGGGGCACGGCAAAACGACCAGCUGGCCAAAGACCCAGCUCGCAGUUGGGUCCAAACUCAGAAGCCGACAUUCAGGUAGAUGAGGACUACGCCAACAAGGUCGAAUUAAUGUCCGAAAAAGACAUUAAUGCCAAAUAUGAAGAAAUGCUGAGUGAUAUGAAUUUGAAUGAUGACAAGAAGAAACCACUACGCAAUGUGUCCCUUAACCAAAAGAAAAAAAUGUUGGUAAUGCAAAAUAAAAAUAAAACUGAAUCGGGUAACAGAUUCAAUGACCCAGAAGAUUAUUAUGACUACUUAGAGGCACAUUUAAAAAGCGAAUACAUUCAAUUAAAUAAACUGUUAAGCUGCGCUGAAAGUUUGCGAGUAGCAUUAGCGAAUAACCCAUUAAGUUGGGUUGAAAAAUUCGGUAGCCAAGGAGUCCAGCUUAUUCUGAAAGUCUUGGACGUUGCUUUAAAAAACAAAGAUGUGAAGCUUCAGAAUGAGUGUUUGAGAUGUCUCGAAAAGUUCAUGAACAAUACCACUGGAAUAAAACACUUUCUAGCAAAUGUCAAAGGACACGAAACUGUAGCCAAGUGUUUGGACUACGAAAAGCCUCAUGUAAUGAUUCAAGCUUUGAAGAUUCUUGCUCCGAUGUGUCUGAUUUCUUCUGAGGGUGAGGAGGAUGGAGCCAAUAAAGUUUUGUUAGCAAUUACGAAAGUAGCAGAACAUGAGCGAAGAGAAAGGUUUUUACCAAUUGUCAAUGGUAUUGCCAAAAGUGAUAAUGCAGACUUGCAAAGUAUGUGCCUUCAAUUUAUAAAUGCCCUUUUAUCCGAAACAGACGAUUUUGAAUUUCGGAUGCAUUUACGAAACGAAAUUGUGAGAAAUGGACUUUUUGAUAAAUUAGUUGAAUUGAAAAAAGAGACAAACCCUGUGAUUAAAACCCAAUUUGACAUUUUCGAAAAUCAAAAGGAUGCCGAUGCUGACGAAUUGCACGAACGGUUUGACAAAGUCCGAAUCGACAUGGACGACAUGCAGGACUGUUUCGAAGUGCUCAAAAAUAUCACUUUGGAAUCGCCGAGUGAACCGUAUUUCCUGAGUGUCUUGCAACAUCUCUUAUUCAUCAGAGAUGACUUUAAUGUUAGGCCAGCAUAUUUUAAGAUUAUCGAAGAGGUUAUUUCACAAAUUGUACUGCACAAAUCCGGUCUCGAUCCAGAUUUUAAAAAGAAUCACAUUGAUAUUGAUUUGCAACCGUUAUUAGACGAAUUAAAAGAGCGACCACCAUCAGUGGACAACGCGAAAAUACAAGAGUUGCAAAAACACCUGGAUGAAGCGUUGGAGGCUAAAGGCGAAGCCGAAGCCAAACUAACAAAACUGAUAGGGGCUGUUAAGGGUGGUGGAGAUGGUAAACUAGAUCCCAGUUUGAUAGAAAAGGUAAUGCUGCCCGGAACGGGAAGUGGGGCUCUUCCUCCGCCACCACCGCCUCUUCCUGGGGGUGGCGGAGCGCCACCGCCUCCUCCUAUGCCAGGAAUGGGUGGGCCACCUCCACCACCUAUGCCAGGAUGUCCUGCUCCCCCACCUCCACCGCCCAUGUUUGGUGGACCUCCACCACCUCCUAUGAUGCCUGGUGGAGCUCCGCCACCCCCACCACCGCCAGGUAUGGGCCCCCGGCCACCUGCGCCACCUGGAAUGGGUCCACCACCUCCUCCAUUCGGUAUGGUUCCAAUGCCAGGAAUGAGGCCACCCGAUGUUCUGCCCUAUGGUCUAAAACCUAAAAAGAAGUGGGAAGUGAAAGGGCCUUUAAAAAAAGCCAACUGGAAAACUAUAGUGCCGCAAAAACUUUCAGAAAAGUCGUUCUGGGUUAAAGCGAAAGAGGAGGAGUUAGCGGCACCAGAUAUUUUGAACGGAUUGGCCGAAAGAUUCUCAUCAAAACCAGCGAAAGUAAAUGAAGAAACAGCUGACCGGGUUAGCAACUGUGGCACUUUAAAGAAAGUGAAGAAGCUGAUGGUGCUAGACGAUAAAGUCGCCCAAAAUAUUUUUAUAUUAUUAAAUGGUAGUCUGAAACAUAUGCCUUAUGAUAAAAUUUGCAAGGCCUUACUUCGAUGUGAUGAGACUGUUCUAUCAGAAAACGUAAUAGAGCAAUUGAUACAGUACUUGCCACCUGCUGAUAAAUUGAGCAAAUUGCAAGAGCACAAAAAUAGAUACAAGGAGCUUCCAGAGGCAGAACAGUUCUGUGUUGAAAUAUCCGGAGUCAAAAGACUGUUACCAAGAUUAAAGUCUCUCAGUUUUAAGCACCGAUACAAGGAGCUCGUUCAAGAUACCAAACCAAAUAUAGUAGCAGCCACCGCCGCAUGUGAAGAAGUGAUCAAGAGUGGCAAAUUUUCCAAAAUUCUAGAACUAAUUUUAUUAAUGGGCAAUUUUAUGAAUUCCGGCAGUAAAAACGGCGGUGCCUUUGCGUUCGAAAUGAGUUUUUUAACGAAGCUAACAGGAACGAAAGAUGUAGAUAACAAGUUAACUCUAUUGCAUUACAUAGUUGAAAGUGUGGAGAAGAGAUUUCCAGAACUUUUAAACUUUUAUGAUGAAAUGCCACACAUCGACAGAGCCAGCAGAGUAUCGUUAGACACAAUACAAAAAACCCUAAAGCAAAUGGACAAUAGUAUAAGAAAUUUGAAAACGGAUUUAGAUAACAACAGAGUUCCUCAAAGUGAAGACGAUAAGUUUGGAGAAGUUAUGGAGGCUUUUUACAACGAAGCAAGGGAACAGUGUGAUCUGAUGCAGGAAAUGUUAAAGAAAAUGGAAAAAUUGUAUAGCGACUUAGCAGAAUAUUAUUCAUUUGACAAACAAAAGUAUGCCUUAGAUGAGUUCUUUACCGACCUGAAAACUUUCAAAGAUAGUUUUAUACAAGCCAAAAUUGACAAUCAAAAGGAACGCGAUCUCGCGGAAAAGAGAGAGAAAAUGCGACUGUCUAAGCUAAAACAGGACCAAGAAAAGGAGGAGAGAAAUAAAAGAAAAUUAAUAGAUAUGAAUCCUAAACAAAACCAAGAGGGUGUCAUGGACAGUUUGUUGGAAGCACUAUCGACCGGUAGCGCGUUUGGCCCAAAAGAGAAAAGAACAAGAGGUCCCAGACCUUUAGGAGCCGAACGAAGAGCCCAGCUUCAAAGGUCACGCUCCAGAACGGGUCUUCUAGGGGAACGAGAGUUUACAAGACGUACCCAGUCAUUAAAAAUAGAAGAUCUUCCCAAUUUUGCGCUACCCAACGGUAGCAAAAAAUUACUCGAAGAUUGCGACGAAUAUGGCUACUCCACAACUUCCGUGUUUUUCUGAUUCAAUGGAAUUGUUAGGUGACCGGUGGCUGUAAUCUCGAAGCAAGAAGACAACGAAGAAUUUUAUCGCUCAAUCGAUUAAACAACCAAGCUUCAGUUUCCUAUAAAGAAAAUUAUGCGAGAAUUGUGGUUUAUUUCUGAUCACUUUUAACUAAUUCAUGGCACUUACGAUAAAAGCUUUAUACUUCUCAGGUUGUUAAUUGUAUCCAGCGUCUCUUACAAGGUCUACGUUAUCAGUUAAGUCCUGUUCGUUCAUAAUUAAAAAAUUAAACUUACAAUGUUUUAGUCUUCGGUAUGUUUGGUAAUGCAAACGCUUGAUUUAUAACAUCUAAUGAUAUAACUAAUUAUGUAACAUGUGUAGAUAGUCUGGAGUAACCGUAUAAUGCAAAUUAUUGUAAAACAUACAGGGCACGCCAAUUAAAACGAAACCGCGCGGUUUUCUCGGUUGAUACAACAAUUAUACAAAAAUGCUCGGACAUGCUAAUUUUAGUGUAAAAAGGGUAGCCUUCUAUUAAACUUCAAGUAUGCAAUCAGGAAACCUUUCACCUCCAAGCUAAAGUUGACGUGUCCCAGCUUUUUUCAGUGACUGUUGUAUCAACCGGCCAAACACAUCUGUGCCGUUUUAGUUGCCGCACCCUGUAUAACGCAAUAAUAUAUUCUCUCUUCUAAGCUACCUUUAGAUGUUGAAUGAUGUAACUACAGAAAAAAUGCGAAAUAACUCUGUUAUCAAAAUGAUUACAGUGAAUAACUAGGUUACAAAGCAUUUUUUUAAUUAAUAGUGAUCAGAUACUCGCAAGGAUACGAAAAGUGAUUUAUAUUGUGUUAAUUUAUUUUAAACAUAACGUGAAGUGUACAUAUAUUGUAACUAUAAAUUAUUUGUAUAUUGCGUUUUUAUUGUAAGUGAAAUAUCUUCUAGUUUUGAUACAAUCGAUCAACAUAAAGAAAUAUAUUAUUAAAUUUCACAUACUUUUUUGUGACGGUGAAAGCGCAUUGUUGUUGAAGUAUGUAGCUUAUUAAUUAUUACGUCUGACAUUCAUAUCAAGUAUCUUUAAGUUGGCCUUAAUAAAAUGACUUUAAUACUA